AUGGUGGUGUACGUAGUGGUGGUGGUGGUGGUGGUGUACGUAGUGGUGGAGGUUGUGGUGGUUGUGUACGGAGGUGGUGGUGGUGGUGUACGUAGUGGUUGUGUUGAUGGUGGUGUACGGAGUGGUGGUGUUGGUGGUGGUGUACGUAGUGGUGGUGUUGGUGGUGAUGUACGUAGUGGAGGUGGUGGUGUACGUAGUGGUGGAGGUGGUGGUGGUGGUGGAGUGGUGGAGGUUGUGGUGGUGGUGUACGUAGUGGUGGAGGUUGUGGUGGUGGUGUACGUAGUGGUGGAGGUUGUGGUGGUGGUGUACGUAGUGGUGGUGUUGAUAGUGGUGUACGUAGUGGUGGUGGUGGUGGUGGUGGACGUGGUGGUGGAGGUGGUGGUGGUGGUGUACGUAGUGGUGGUGUUAAUGGUGAUGUACGUAGUGGUGGUGUUGGUGGUGGUGGAAGUAGUGGUGGAGGUGGUGGUGGUUGUGUACGUAGUGGUGGUGUUGAUGGUGGUGUACAUAGUGGUUGUGUUGAUGGUGGUGUACGUAGUGGUGGUGUUGAUUGUGGUGUACGUAGUGGUGGUGGUGGUGUACGUAGUGGUUGUGUUGGUGGUGGUGUACGUAGUGGUGGUAUUGAUAGUGGUGUACGUAGUGGUGGUGUAA